GUACGUACUGUUAGUGUUACUAAAAAGCUUUCAGGGUUAGAAUAUGGAUACUGGACCAAAACCUGUUGCAGAGCAAAGUGGUACUAUUUUAUGGUUUGAAUAUCUGUUAGAUUCAUCUUUGUUGGAGAAACAACUUUCGCGAGAAAAUUCAGAUUCUCAGGCAACUGAAUUAAUCAUUGAGUUCUUGGUGAAUUCACACAGCUUGAAUGUUUCAGAAAAGAAUAGCAGCAAAGUAAUUGAUGUUGAAGGUACAGAAACUUCUAAUGGAAGUGAACCAAAAACAAGAAAAAGUUUGGCUUUAAAAAUCUUAGCACUAAAAUGUGCAGCUCAUUUAAAAUGGAACUUUCAGUUGCUAGAGAAUCGUGUUCCCUUGACAUUACAGCAAUUGCUGUAUCAAGAUCUGCUCUUCUUCUCAGAGAAUGGAAAAGUUGAUAUAAAAUCACACAUUUCUCUGGAUUUCAGAGAAGCCAGCCCUCACACAAUAUUUGCUGUAUCCACAUACCAUCGAUGGGUAUUGUGGGCACUUAAAUCAAUCCAGAUAAUUACAAAACCCAGUAAAGUUUUACACAUUCCAAUGCCAGGUGGACAGGGCCCAACUUUUGUUCCACCUCACAUCACUGAGGCUAUGCUGAAUUCUCUGAAACUACAAGCCAUUGACUCUGUACUCAUUUUAGAGAACAUCCUCAAGGAACUAAAUGGGAAAAAAAUGAUCAUGCCUACCAUUAGCACCUUCGUAAGUUUAACAGAAAAUUCGACAAGUGUGAGUGAACAUAGAUGGCAAGAGGGCUACAGCAUUUCGAUCGAAGAGUUUGAGCUCCAGUUGCGUUACGAUUUGGCUGUGUGGUUUAUGUUUGCAAACCAGUAUGCAGUAGCUAAACGUCACCUGCAAGUUGUCGGAAGAUUGUUCGCAGAUUGUCAGUCACGGAAAAUGGAAUACUGCACUAUAUCAGCUCCUUAUUUGAAGGGUUUUCUCUCAGCUUGUCAGAUACAAGGUGUUAACGACGAAAAAUCGUUAACCGAAAAAAUGAACGAAUCUAUUAAGAAUCAUUACGUUGGAUUCUUAACUGUCUUACAAGAAGACAAUAUUUGUCGAGAGGUUCCCAUCCACUACAGGGAGAUGGCCGAAUUAGAUUUGUUAAGUGCCGCUGCAAGUGGCAAGUUUACAAUCGCAAAAGAUCUUGUUUUCAAGGUUCAAACUUUGAAUGUAGUGCGUAGGGCACUGGCGGAUUAUCAUAUACCUGGAACAUAUUUCAAACUACUGGCAGAUGAAGAAGGAUCUGGACAUCAGUUUUUGAUAUCGGAAUUGGAACAAGUUCAUCGGUUGGGUAAUAAACAAGAUGCGAAUAAGAUGAAAGGACUUCUUUCGAAGAUUGUCACGACGGGCGGAGAUAAAAUCAAGAAUUCCCUGUUGUCUAAUAGCUUGCUAAAAGAAAUUAUGCAGGGAGAAUUGGCUAAAAUAGAACCUGCGCUAGAGCAUUUGCCAUUCAACCACGAUUUUCCGCAUUCAUUGCUACCUCAAAUUGAAUGCGGUGAACUCAUUCAACAGCUGAUUGAAUCCUAUCGUACCUCAGAGAUCCAAACUUUGUUGGACAGAUUAUCUCACGGUUGGCCGAAUCGGCCACUAUGGACUCUAUACAAAAAAUGGGAGAUACCGAUACCCUUUCAAAGUGCCGUCAUGAACUUACCUAAAGGGAUGCUUCAAGAUUGGUCCUAUAUUCUCCUAGCCAAAUAUCGGGAACUUCUUAGUUUACAAGACUUUUCCGGUGCCGUGGAAAUGCUUAAAGCAGUAGAGGAACGCGGGCGAGCGAAGCAGUUGGCAAAUACGCAAGCCGGUAGCAAACUAUUUAAACUUAUCGAAUGGGAAAUACUUUUAGUGGAUGUACUGCAAUUUCUUCAUAAAUGGCCAGUUUCCAGCAAUUCCAGUCGUUUUGGGGAACUUACUACCCAAUGCCGUGGAUGCCUGGGCGCUUUGCAACGAGGCGAAACUAUAUUCCCACGCUCCGAAGUAGUUGACUAUUGCGUAGCACUGUUGCUUGCAGCGUGUGAAUGGGAAUUUCUAUUGGGACUAGAUGUUCGCUGGAAUUUAAAUCUUAAUGUCGAACUGGCAUCAAGUUUAGCAGCUGUUUGCUACGAUUUGCAGCGUGACCGUGAACGUCCCACCCGUAAAAAUGCAAAGUCUUUAUGGGAUUUGAUCAUACCAGCCUUCAAUCCAACCUCAGCUAACAGUGGGCCAAUGGUUCCUCAAGGAGGAGGUUCUGCUUUAAAACGCACGGCCGCAGGAGCCCUACAACAAGGCGGAAGUUCAGCUCGGGACUCUCCAAAUGCUAACGUACCACUCGUCAAUCGAGCAGCUCUAUCCAAAUUUUGCCAACUUUUGUACGAGCCGCAAUCGCUAAACAUCACUCUUUCCCUCUUCGUACGCUUGCACAACGUCGUCCAGGACGAGGCUAACCUAGAGAUCAAUGCAGAUUUGUCAUCACUUUGGCCAGCUGUGCUCAGCAACGCCAACAGUUACCACCUACCAGGCAUCGGUGAACUCCUUAGCCAGUUACUGGAAAGAGCUCUUUCUUUAUACCCACUGAAUACCGACUGGCUAAAGCUACAGGGUGAUCUUCAUUUUGCCCAAGGAUUUCAUUCGGCUGCAAUGAGCUGUUUCAUGACGGCUGCUUCGCUUGCAAGCGAUUAUUUUCACCAAGUCGUUCCAAAACAGGUACUGGAUGAGGCAACGGUUCGCAGAAUGAUCAAAUGCUCGCAUUCGGCUUCUUGCUUCACACAGUCAGCACUUCUUUGUCAGUUAUUAGAAGAAAUUGAUUAUGCGACCGCUUUUCGUUGCUUGCAAGAACGAGGUUGUAACGACGCUAUGGACUCCCUGUACCCAUUUAUUUGGGAUGUCACUCUACUAGAAUUCAUUAUUCAAUUACACCAUAAGAGAGGCGAAACGCAGAGGAAAACGGCGGCAUUGAAAGCCAUCGGUAUGCUUGAACUCAACGCCAACAACAACGAAGAAAUUCUUCGUGAAGCAGCGGCUCAGAGAAAGGCGCAGUUUUUACGCUGUCUAGCAAAACAGUAUCUCUAAAUAUUUGCGGAAGAUGAUCUCGGAGACGAUUACACGUUCAAUUUAUUGAGAUUA